AUGAUAAUUUUUUCUACAAAUAACAGCGGAACCGGUGUUUACGAACAAGUCUUGUACGUAAUCGAGAUUCUCGAGGCUACAAAUGUAAUGCCAUUCAGUCAAUCCCAAACGAAAAUAAUCCAAUUUGAACGCGCUGAUGGUCACCACUUGAACGAUAAGAACGACCCUAAUGACAUAUUUGUGAUGAACAUUGAUGUAAACUUCAUUGAAGGAGAGGAGAAGGUGUCGGACAUUAUCACUGAAUUCCGUUCCCUUUUCCUGAACGGCAACUCCAGUACUCAUUCCCGUCGCGAGAGCUUUACAUUCAAACAGGAAAUCCAUGUAAAGCCGUAUUCGAGUGUAUCGAUUGAGGGGUACAUCAAAACGGUUAAAGAUAUGACACUACAUUUCCAGGCCGUCAGGACUUUCACCGCAACCGUUCCCAGACGUAACCCAAACACUCCGUUAAAUGGUUUAACACUUUUCGUGUUAAUCAGUAAAUAUGAGAAACAACACGAUAUGAUUGUUAACAACAAUUCAAUUGUUGUAAAACAAAACGGUAUAUAUAAGGGGUCGUUCGGGAUCAAGACUUACACUAAGGUAAUAGACUUAGCCGACAAUCAGCCUAUAACAAAAGAUAUGAUCACAAUCCCCACCACUCCUUCAAUCACGACAACUCCCGUCCCUCAAAACUUGACCACAAUCUCGACUCCAACUCCAACGCCGGGCACCGGUUCUCGAAAUGGGCCACCAAUAGAGCUGAAAACAUCCUUUAGUACAUUGGAAAUGAAUUGA